CAAAGGGCUGACAACAUCGUUCCGAUAUUUCAUAUUUUUUUAGUGUCAUCUUGUUUAUUGUUGUUUAUCUUACCUACUGACUUACACAUGACAACACCUGGAUAAAGUAACAGUACCUGGGUCCUUAGAUAAAAGAGAUGGCUGACAUUUGGAUGUUUGGUUUAGCUGUGGUUUUCUCAGCUUGUGUCCUCUACAGCCUGAUCAAGUUAGUGAGCCGUGGAGUCCGGUUCUGGAGAAAGAUGAAGAUGUUAUCUGACAUCCCCUGUUUCCCUCCACACUGGCUGUGGGGGCAUAUUCUAGAGUACCCAGGUCCUAACGAAGCGGGUCUUGCCUGGCAGAGAGAGCACACAGCAAAGUUCCCAUACGUAUCCCUAGCAUUGAUUGGCCCAUUCAUCAUCCAGGUUCUCCCGUCCCACCCAGAAAUGGUCAAGGAGAUUCUUAGGACCUCUGAGCCCAAGGGCCAGAUGGUGUACCACCUAAUAGAGCCGUGGGUAGGUGACGGCCUCCUAUUGAGCAAGGGAAGUAAGUGGUGGAGGAAUCGCCGACUCUUAACCCCAGCGUUUCACUUUGAGAUACUCAAGCCAUACAUGAACAUUAACAACCAAGCCUCUGAUAUUCUUGUUGGUAAGUUCCAGCAGGCGUGUACAGAGGGCAGGUCCAUGGAGCUGUUCACAGACAUCAGCCUUCUUACCCUGGAUGUUAUGCUUAGGUGUGCCUUCUCUUACAGCACCAACUGUCAAACACUCGGGGAUCAGCACCCAUAUGUUUAUGCUGUACGGCAGAUGUCCAGUUUGGCAACAGAGCGAUUUUUCCAGUUCUGGCUCCACAGUGACUUCCUGUACUUUUUGACACCUAAGGGGAGACAAUUCAAGAAAUACUGCAACCAUGUUCACCAAAUCUCCGCAGAUAUUAUUAAGAAGAGAAAAGCAGAGCUGUUGACCAGUGAUGAAGACAAAACCACAUCCAGCCAGAAGAGGUACCUUGACUUCCUGGAUAUUCUGCUCACCGCUCAUGACGCCUCCGGAGAGGGACUGACAGAUUCUGAAAUACGAGACGAGGUUGACACCUUUUUGUUUGAGGGUCAUGACACAACCUCUAGCGCCAUCUGCUGGACGUUAUGUUCCCUGGCAGAGCAUCCUGAACACCAGAGGAGGAUACAAGAAGAGCUGGAUGAGGUGCUUAAGGGGAGAGAAUCUGAGGAUAUCCUCUGGGAGGACCUGCCCAAGCUGACCUACCUGAACCUGUGUAUCAAGGAGUCCCUGCGUCUGCACAGCCCCGUUCCCAUGGUACAGCGUCAGACCACCCAAACCUUGACCCUGGGGAAGCACACAAUACCCCCAGACACCCUCAUCAAUGUAGUCAUCUACAACAUUCACCAUAACCCUUUGAUCUGGGACAACAGUAUGGAGUACAGGCCAGAUAGGUUCACUUUGGAGAAUUGUGAAAAGCGGGAUCCUUAUGCUUUUGUGCCCUUUUCUGCAGGGCCAAGGAAUUGUAUAGGCCAGAAUUUUGCAAUGCAUGAAAUCAAAGUUGUGAUAUCCCGGAUCCUGUACAGGUUUAACUUGGAACUUGAUCCAAAUCACAAGGUGGAAAAGGUGAUUGAACUGGUCAUGAGGAGCAAGAAUGGGAUCUGGGUCAAGGCCAAACCCAGGUCAAGGUGAAAGGUCAGAGUUCAGACACGUACGCACAGGGCUACAUGUAGUUGAUUCAUGUAGACGUAUAUUUUAGAUACAUGUAU